CAGCCCGUGGCGAAUUGCUCGCCAGAUUGAACAGCAGCCGUUUUGGCUUCAGCUACUGCCGCGAGUCAAGAGUAAGGUCUCCGACUCGAGCAUUUUUGUUUCUCGAAGGCUGCUGCUCCAACAUUUCUGGGCAGCUCUCGAUUUGUGCUCGGGCAAGCAAUGCUCAUGUUCCGGUCAGGCUGUCUCUUCCUCUUGUUCCAGGAGGUACAAAGCUACGCAUGGAUGUCGAAUUUCAAGGCCCCGUCUUUCGAGAAUUUCCUUCAGAGCGCCGCGGGUUCAAAGUUUGGCGACAAGAAGCUCGUCGUCAUCACGGGGACGUCGUCUGGCCUCGGGCUGGCAACGACCAAGGCGUUGCUGCGGACCGAGAAAUACCACGUCGUCGGUGCCGUUCGCAACCUGGACAAGAUGAGGGUCGUGGCAGAAGAGGAGGGCUUCAACAUGGAGCAUUUCACGCCCAUGCACCUCGAGCUCGCCAGUUUCGCCUCGGUGCACAAAUUCGUGGAAGAGCUGGAACAAUUCCGAGGUGAUCGUCCCAUCGACAGACUCGCGUGCAACGCUGCUGUCUAUCAGCCCACCCUCAACUACCCUAAAUGGACAGAGGAUGGGCAUGAGCAGCAACAUCAGAUUAACUACUUCAGCCAUUUCCUGCUCACUUCGAAGAUCAUGCCCAUGAUGCAAGGCUCAGACGACGCUCGCAUCUGUAUGCUUGGGUCUGUGACAGGGAAUGACAAUACUGUCGGGGGCGGUGGUGUCUACCCGAUUGCCGACCUCAAGGAGCUCGACGGCUUGGAGCUGGGCUGCAAGAAGCCGAUCGCCAUGAUGGACGGUUACAACUUCAACGGCGCGAAGGCGUACAAGGACACUAAGUUGGCCUGUAUGAUGACCUGCAACAUGCUCCAUGAGCGAUUCCACCGCUCGACGGGUAUUGCCUUCAGCUCCGUCUACCCCGGGUGCAUCGCCGAGACCCCGCUCUUUCGAGAGAAGCGCCCGUGGUUCCGGCAGCUGUUCCCGAUAUUCAUGAAGUACGUCACCGGAGGCUUCGUCGGAGAGGAGGAGGCCGGGCAGCGUCUCUUCCAGGUCCUCCACGACCCUCGGUGCCGCAAAUCGGGGGUCUAUUGGGGAUGGAAUGGGGGCCCCCGCGAAGGCAGGGAGGAUUCUUUGGAGAAGGGCGGUCAGAUCAGUGGUGCUGGUGGAGCAGGAGGAGGUUGGGAUUCCAUCUUCGAGAACGACCAGUCGGAUAAGGUCCUCAACAAAGAUCUGAUGAUGAAGCUGUGGGAGUACACUACCGAGAUUACUGGAGCCGAGUGGCCGAAAGCUUAUCAGCCCAAGUCGCCCUGUCCUACCCUGAAGCUCAUAGAGGCCGUCACGUCGGUUCUUGGGGUGCUUGAGGAGCGUGCUCGCAUGGAGGCGUCGAGGCAAGGUGAGGGCGCGAAGAUUGUUGCCGACCGCAGCGCACCCAAAGAGGAGAGGAGGAAGUACCUGGAGCAGAUGCUCCUCGAGCUGGACAAGACGCCAGAAGAUCCGAAGCAGCUCGAAGCCGAUAUGCUGCUGACGUCGGGCGUGUCCCCGGUGGUGGAGAGGAGGCGCGAAGGGUCGGACCCCAUCACCAAGCCGCUAGCACAGGAAGCGGUAGCCGUUCUUGACGACCCUUUCCUCGAGGAGGAGAUCGAGAACGAGCCCCCCCAGAUGAUCCCAGGCCACGAACUCCUCGGGGACACCCCCGUCGUUUUCCAGCCCCAGAACGUCAUGACGAUGGCUCGGGUGGGCCAGCCGCUGAGCGAGGUGGCCAAACAGGCAGACGUAUUCAUCAAGUACCAGUGCAGGAAGGGCGAGUGCAAGACGUGCGCCGUCAACAUCGACGGAUUCCAGAGAUGGGUCUCGGCCUGCCAGCAGCGGAUCGAGGCUCAGGCCCCGGGCGAGCACUUCGCCGUCCGGGUGCGGCCCGUGUCCGAGAAGCAGAAGAGGAAGGAGAAGGCUGCGUUCUUCUCGCCCGAGUCCAUCUCGGACGGGUUCUGGAAUAACGCUUGGGGCAUGUUCGGGCUGGUGACAGAAGGCGCGAAGUCCGGCGACGACUUCGCGGUGAGGAUGGAGAGGGAGAGGCGCAUCAUGGAGCUCACGGAGAAGAAGGCCAAGAGCACGUUCAAGAGCCUGAGAGGUGCGCAGGCGGACUCCCUUGCUGGGCAGGGUGAGCCCGUGGAGCAGGACGGCAUCCAGCAGAAGCUUGGGAGUGCGGCCACGUUUGGGGUCCUUGGCUUCAUGAUUGCGGUCGUGCAACGUCUCGGAGCUUGACCAGUGUCGAUCUCAAGGCUGGUCGACAGUCAUCCCAGUUCCUUACCAUGCUGUCAGUUUCAAGUCAGUCGGCUCGGAGGGUGCUGGUUCGAGCCCGUGCCCUUGUUUGAGGGAUCGCGCAAAUCACCGAUAGGUGCAUGUUCUGAGUUGGUGGUUGCAUACCCCUCAGGGACCUGAGCGGCACGAGGCUUCACGUCGAGGCUAUUGCUGAAGGAUACCCGCUGCUGAAGAAGACCCCGCGAGCUUUGUCUUGUCUGUCUCCGUUCCUCCUCCAUUCCUCUUCCUCGCACCUAACUUGUCUCUUAGCCCCCUCCCCCUCCCCCUUCCUGGUGUGCAGUGCCUGCUUUUUCAGGGGCCCCGCGGCGUUUCGCGCUCGGGCGGCACGCCAGCCUCCAUUCCGAUAGCUGCCCCACAGGUUUUUCAACACCGCACCAGGUGGCGCGCAGAGCGGGGGCUUACCGGUUAGACCGAGACUUCGCUGUUAUUUUCCAGGGGGGGUUACCCUUGAAGAUUCGGAUUAUGGUGUCGUUGUUUUUCCUGCGCAAUCGGUUUCACAAGAGUGUGCCAGGAGUGAUGUAUCCAGCCACUCAUUCUUGAGCUGUCGAUGGUAAGCAUUAAACGCGCGUUUCAUUAGAUGUGCUUCGCACUUGCGCAAAUUGUCUUUUCAAAUUUCGUCGCUUAUGGGAGUCAUAGAAUUCUUCAGCUGCAAACGCGGAGGCGGCAGUGCGUCAAUGACACGCUUGGGCGGCAUGAUGCUAGGCGCGGACAGCGAGGCAACCUUUGUUGCCUUCGAGCCAGCUGGGGCCGGUUCACGUUGGGACACAGGCCCUUGCCCGUGACAUGUGUGCGGACGCCCCUGCUACAGCAACCCGUGAUAGAGUCGAGGGCUCGGGACUAGACCCAGCCCGGCAAAAGGGGGCAUUCCUCCAGAACCCCGUUCGUUGGUGGAGAGAACGCCACGGUGCGGAGAAUGUGCCAAACCUGCCAC